AUUGUGUUUUGUGUAUGAACUCUAUAGUUUGGCAGACAUUCCUUUGUAAAAGUUCAUUCAUGGGAGUAAUCAGAUCCAAAGUUUCCUACUUGUUCCAUCAAAUUGGUCUCAAUCGAAUUUUCUUUCACAGCUGCAAAUUGUCUACUUCUUCAAUCAUGGCAAAAAGCAAAUAUGAAUAUGUUAAAACAUUUGAGCAAGAUGAUAGGAUUUUACCCAACACUUGGAUCGUGGUGAGAUUGGACGGAAAGAAUUUCACUCGCUUUUGUGAGAAACAUCAUCUUGAGAAGCCAAAUGAUAUGCGGGCGCUACAACUAAUGAACAAAUGUGCAACAGUUGUAAUGCAAGAAUUCCGAGAGAUAAACUUAGCUUACGGUCAAAGUGAUGAGUUUAGUUUUGUAUUCCGCAAGGACGCAACGAUUUAUAACCGUCGUGCUGCCAAGAUUCUGACGAAUGUCAACUCGCUCUUUGCCUCGUCGUACGUCUUCUUUUGGAAUAUGUUCUUUAGUGAUAGAAAGUUAAUGUAUCCACCAACUUUUGAUGGAAGAGUUGUACUGUACCCUAGUGAUACUAAUUUGAGAGACUAUCUCAAUUGGCGACAAGCAGAUGUACAUGUCAACAAUUUGUACAAUACUACCUUUUGGAUGCUUGUACUCAAACAGAACUUAACAAAUAGCCAGGCAGAGGAACGACUUCGUGGUACAUUGUCAUCGCACAAAAAUGAAAUCCUAUUUUCAGAAUUCAAAAUAAAUUAUAACAAUGAACCAAUAAUGUUCCGGAAAGGGACAAUUUUGAUGAGAAAAUCAGUUCACAUUCCGCCGCCAGAUGGGAAACGGAAGCAAGUUGUACUCCCAUUUCACUGUGACAUGUUUUCUGACACAUUUUGGCAAGAACAUCAUGAGAUUUUGGGAUGUACUGGCGUACAGGUUUACACUGGAGAUACCUCUGAUAAAAUAAAUGAACUAAGUAAUUUAACUAUCCAAGAAACCUCUGUAAGUGCCCCUGAUGAAGACUCGGGUAAUGGUGAUCAAUUUCCGAUUAAAGAAAGCUAGUAUUCUUGUCUGAAUAUAACAGACAGCUUAAUAAAUGCUGUUAGCACAGGUAAAAUAAA